AUGGAAGAGCAGCAGAACGCCCGGCUCCGGAAGGCCCUGGCGGCUCUGCGCACGCGGCUCUUCGGCUGGAAGCAGACUCGCCGGCGCUUGUCGGAAAGGCGCUCUGAGGAUGCAGGCGCAGGUGUGCCUGUGGCCAUGCAGUCUGUUCAGCCUGCGCUUUCCUCCAGAUCCUCCCAAGGUUCGGACGCUCUUCAGGAGCGGCGGCUUUCCCAGGCUUCCCACUCCGCCUCUGAGUGGCUGGAGUUGGGCCACAGCAUGUCCUUGCCGGCGUGCGCGGACGAAGCGGCGUGCCCUUUGAAAGCUGAGCCGAGCUUGCCAGUGGAGGAGCGCACUGUUCCGCGGGAGGAGCAGCUGGAGGCGGAACACAGGCCGAAGCGAAGGCCGUCUCAGGACAUGGACUUCCGAGAUGCCAAGUUUCCCGAGGAGGCCACACCCUCCACGGCGAGCUUUGAGAAGGACUCUAUCGCAGGCUCGCAGCAGGCCAGCUCUCCAGAAGGUCCGGACGGAAGGGAGGCGCACCUCGAGGUGCGGGAAGAAGGCCUGGGCCGGGCCGGGCGGUGA